AUGAUGUACCACCUGCACCUGCACUGGUACAUGAUGCUGCUCCACAUGUACCAUCACUUGAUGACCUACCACCAGGNUCCAGACGCCGACCCAACAGAUGAUGUACCACCUGCACCUGCACUGACACAAACACUUGCACAGGUUUACCACACAGCUCAUGUCAGUGGGGAGCUUGAUACGGGGAGAUAUCAGGCGGCCAUCAGGCAGAUGGAGGAGCUAAGCUACCGGUGUUUGUCAACUCUUUCUAAGCAUGGACGACUCGUGCAGCCUCCGGGAACCAGUCAGCAACCAGUUGUUGCAGCCCCAGUUCCUGCACGAUAG